UAAUAAAUUGUCGUUGUUUUGAUUGCAGGUUGUACAAAGCAAUCUUUGUCUUGGCAGGUUUGAGGCUACUGUAGAGUGGUUUAUGAACUUCCAUCCUCUACAAACCACAACACACCCUGCUUGGAUGAUAAAGGGGAUGUCCACAUUCCGGUGGGUAGAAAGAGGAAAGCUCAGCAUGCUAUGAUGUGUGAUAUUUUUAUGGAGCCAAAUGAGCACAUCAUCUCCUCUCACCAAGCAUCACAAAGCUUUUGAGACGCUCUUCCUAGAUCCUUGCCUUCCAACAUCCCAUCUCCAUCGUCCCAUUUCCCUUCCCCCACUAUGCCUUCAUCCAAUCUAUUGCAAAAACUCUUUGACCAACUAUCAAAGAAAAUCGAUAGCAUUGCAACAAGAAAAAUGAUUUGAAGUAUUGGAAAAAAAUGGAUGCUCUGACAACUAAAAUAAGGCAAUUUGUUGUCCCAGAUGUUACUCAAGUAGUCGAAGAACAAAAGAAAACUGUGAACGAGCAACUGUUGACGACAGCCAAGCUUUUGGCUGACACGAAAAAACUCUGCCGCGAGGGGGCUGUCGAGAUUAGGACGGUGGUCACCGAGGAGUCCCUCGCUAAGCUCGGGUUCGAGUUCGUCAGAGACGAUCAUCGUCACCAGCCGACUUUGCUUAGGGAUCUCCACGGGAAAGACGCUGAUUCAGGCCCCUUUGUCGAGCCAAAAGGAGAAGCCGAGGAUGACAUGCUGCUGCUGCGCCAUCUCAAAGUAGACCAAAAAGAAGAAGAGAAAAAGAACGUAGCUCCCCAUGGCAAUGAGCAUCGUCUGUCCUCGAGCCACGAGGAUCACUUCCAAGGUGGUGAUCGACGUGGAAGAUCAAGGAGAACCGACUCCCGCGGCGGAGUCGGGGGCGAUGGUUGUCAACUCCCCGUCACAGGCAAAGGCAAAGGCCGCCCUGGGGUGUUCGAGCUCGCCCGCCGAAUGAACACCCACCAGUCCGCUUUGGACGAGGUGAAGGAAGCAGUUGAGGCUGAGAAGAAAAAGCUACGGGACGAGACCGACCACCUCACGAAGGAGCUUCUGGAGGAAAGGACCCGCAGCUCCAACCUCGAGAGGGAGAAUCGCAACCUGCACAUACGCACCUGGUGGCCGAGCAAGAGGCCAAGAGGCACGACCUGGUCCGCCGCCUUGAGCAGUUGAGACCUUCAAGGCUUUUCUAGAGUUCCGUGUGACUGCUAUGGAGCAGAUGGACAAGCUGGUCCCCACGUGGGUCGCGAUCCGUCCUGGGAAAGACUUGCUGGUCCAACAGUCGAUGGUUCUCUAUCGGUUAGGACUCUUCUAGGCCCAACAGGUCUUUCGUCGCAAGCUGGCCCUGCUUCUGAAGGGGA